CGCCUCUUUCCGGCUUUGCGUGGAGGGUCGGAUGGACGCCUGCGUUCUUGCGGGUUUCCCGCGCUGGGCACGGGACGCUGCGUUACUGGCGGCGGCGCAGAUCCCGGCCUUCCACGGAGAGUCGCGCCGGACGUCGCUGGCGGAUUGACAUGGAGGAUUCGGCGGCGUCGGUGCUGAAGCGGGCGGUGGAACUGGACUCGGCUUCGCGUUUCCAGGAGUCGCUGGUUUGCUACCAGGAAGGGAUUGAUCUCCUUCUCAGCGUGCUGAAAGCUACAAAAGAUGAGAAGAAAAGGGCCUACUACAGAAACAAAAUAACAAGUUACAUGAACAGAGCAGAAGAAAUUAAGGAAUACGUUGUGAAGGAAAAAGAAGAUGGGAAAUGCCACAAACAAAUUAAAAUUGGAGAGGAUAGCAAAGGAUUCAGCUAUGAAAAACUGUUCCAAGAAUAUCUGAAUGAAACUGUUACAGAGGUUUGGGUUGAGGAUCCUUACAUUCGCCAAGCCCACCAGUUGUACAACUUUUUAAGAUUCUGUGAAAUGCUUGUUAAAGGACCAUGCAGAAUGAAAACUAUACACCUCCUUACCUCUCAUGAAGAAGGUCAUGGGAAGAGUCAACAGAUGGGUGCCUUAGAAGAAAUACAGCAGUCUCUAAAGAAUUUUGGCAUUACACUGGAUAUAGCAUACUCUUCUUCAAUACAUGAUCGAGAGAUUAGAUUCAACAAUGGAUGGAUGUUUAAAAUUGGAAGAGGCCUUGAUUAUUUUAAGAAACCACAGAGGAAGCAUCUAUCCACAAUGGCUCUCAAACCAGAAUCACUAAACUGAACAAGUAGCUGAAAUGAACCUAGAUACAGGUAGUCUUUGGGUUAUGAUCAUUUGUUCAGUGACCAAAGUUACAACGGCACUAAACGAAUUGUACUUAUGACGGGUCCUCAUAGGUUGGCUGUCAUUGUGUCCCCAUAGUCACAACUGCAAUCCGGGCACUUGGUGCCCUGCUCAAAAUUACAAUGUCACAGCGAACUGUAGUCAUGUGAUUGUGAUUUCCAAUGUUCCCCACUGAUUUCGCUUGUGGAAGCCGGCAGGAAGUUGCAAUUACAUGAGGUCCUUGCUUAACAACCUGUGCGGUCCUUGUUUAAUGACACUUGCUGAACUGCCGUCAUGUUUUAUGACUGCAUCACUUAGCAAUAGCAAUUCUGGUCCCAAUUGCUGACGUAAGCCAAGCAUUACCUGUACUUUUGAAUUCAGCAGUAUAAAAACAGCCAGCUACAAUGUUUUCAAUACAAAAUUAUAUGAAGCUAUUGUAUAUAGA